ACUAGUCUCUGAUCGUUAUCGAGUAAUUUGAGUGAACCUUUCGAAUAUUAGUAGUGAUUAGUAACAAGGUUAUUAAGAAAAGCUAAAACUUAAAUUCUUUAGCAUAUGAUAUAUUAAUUAAUCAAUAUUUUAGGCAGCAUCGGCCCAAAUAGGAUAUAAGACAUGGCAGUCUCUUCUAGAAUAUUGUUCAAAAUUUUUGAUAUUAGACUUGGACAGUCAAUUAGAUUUAAUAGCUACGAAGCCACAAGAUUGAAUUUAAAGUUAAAUGCAAAUACCAAAGUAAUAUGUCAGGGAUUUACGGGUAAGCAAGGAACUUUUCACAGUAAACAAGCAAUUGAAUAUGGAACAAAAGUGGUUGGAGGAGUUUCUCCAGGGAAAGGUGGCAAAACUCAUUUAGAUCUUCCAAUUUUCAACUCAGUAAAAGAGGCCAGAGAUGCUACUGGUGCAGAUGCAACUGUUAUUUAUGUACCUCCACCAGCAGCUGCAGCUGCCAUUAAUGAAGCAAUAGAUGCUGAAGUACCUGUUAUUGUGUGCAUAACUGAAGGUAUUCCGCAGCAUGAUAUGGUCAGAGUAAAGCAUAAACUACUCCGCCAAAAUAAGUCCCGCCUAAUUGGUCCUAAUUGUCCAGGCAUUAUUGCCCCGGAACAAUGUAAAAUUGGUAUUAUGCCCGGUCAUAUCCAUCAAAAAGGUGUGGUUGGCGUCGUUUCUAGAUCUGGAACUUUGACUUAUGAAGCUGUCCAUCAGACAACUCAAGUAGGCUUAGGUCAAACUUUGUGCGUUGGUAUCGGCGGAGAUCCUUUCAAUGGCACGGACUUCAUAGACUGUUUAGAAGUUUUCCUCAAAGAUCCAGAAACCAAAGGAAUCAUUUUGAUUGGUGAAAUUGGAGGUGUGGCCGAGGAACAAGCUGCAGAUUAUUUAAUCAAAAACAAUUCAGGUCCUAAUGCUAAACCUGUAGUUUCCUUUAUUGCUGGAUUAUCAGCGCCACCUGGCCGUAGGAUGGGGCAUGCUGGUGCAAUCAUAUCAGGAGGAAAAGGUGGUGCUCAAGACAAAAUUAAUGCCCUCGAAAAAGCUGGCGUUGUAGUAACUAAAUCCCCAGCGCAAAUGGGCACAGAACUGUUAAAAGAAAUGCGACGCCUCAAUUUAGUCUAGGAAUUAUUUCCACUAUUUAUUGAAUGUAAAUAAGAGCAAAGUCUAUUAUACACUUCCUGAAAUUAAUCCUAUUUAAAUUGCACUUAUAUAUAAAUAUAUACAUGUUAAAAAUAUGUGAGUUGCCAAUUGUUAUUGCAUCUGUGAAAUAGAACAAACUUACUAUUAAAAUUUCCAACUUGUUUAAAGUUGCUAUUUAAAAUAAACAUUUUUUGGGAUUUU